UCCCAGACCGGCCUCUUCUUUGGUUGAAGAUGGCGGCGGGCACGCGUGUGUCGAGCGGGCGCGAAGUGAACUCGGUGCCGGACGUCGGGGAGAGUCUGGGGUCGGCGGGCGGGCAGGGCUUUGACUUCCUCUGCAUGCCCAUCGUCCACCCGCGGUUCAGGAGAGAGUUCUGCUCGGGCCCGGCCAAGGAGAGGCCGGCGGCCCUGACUCGCUCCGACCUGCUGCUCUCCGGCCGCGACUGGAACACCCUCAUCGUGGGCAAGUUGUCGCCGUGGAUACAGGCGGACUCGGAGGACGAGCAGGUGCGCAUGAACUCGCAGGAGGCCCUGCUGCAGGAGCUGAACUUUGCGGCCUACCUCGGCGUGCCCGCCUUCCUGCUGCCGCUGCGGCAGAUGAACAACAGCAACCUGGCCAGGGUGCUGAUCAACCACCUGCUGACCGGGCACCACUCCACUGUCUUCUGGAUCCGGGUGCCACUCAUCUCCUGGGAAGACAUGCGGGAAGACCUGGUGGAGAACGAUCCGGUGCUGCGCUCGGAGGACAGCAGCGAGGAGGAGACCACCUGGUUGUGGUGGCACCAUUUCCGCUCCCUGUGCGACUACAACAAGAGGAUCGCGCUGGCCCUGGAGGUCGGGCCCGAUCUGCCCUCCGAAGCUAUCAUCGACCGCUGGGUCGGGGAACCCAUCAAGGCGGCCGUGCUGCCCACCAGCAUCUUCCUGACCAACAAGAAGGGCUUCCCCGUCCUCUCCAAGACGCACCAGAACCUCAUCUAUCGCCUCUUCAAGCUGGAGGUGCAGUUUGUGAUCACCGGGUCAAACCGUCACUCAGAGAAGGAGUUUCGCUCCUACCUGCAAUACCUGGAGUAUCUCAACCAGCACCGACCUCCACCCAACUCCUACGAGACGUUCGCCAAGGGCUACGAGGACUACUUGCAAUGUCCUUUACAGCCGCUGAUGGAUAAUCUGGAGUCUCAGACCUAUGAGAUUUUUGAGAAGGACCCCAUCAAAUACUCGCAGUACCAACAGGCUGUCUACAAGUGUCUGCUCGACAGAAUCCCAGAGAGUGAGAAGGACACAAACGUUCAAGUCCUGAUGGUGCUGGGAGCAGGCAGGGGGCCCCUGGUCAAUGCCUCGCUGCGAGCUGCUCGACAGGCCGAACGGAAGAUUAAGGUCUAUGCCAUUGAGAAGAAUAUCAACGCCAUCGUCACCCUCCAGAACUGGAAAUAUGAGGAGUGGGGGGACCAGGUGACGGUGGUCUCCUGCGACAUGAGGGACUGGCAGGCCCCUGUCAAAGCAGACAUCAUUGUCAGUGAGCUACUGGGCUCCUUCGGUGACAACGAGCUGUCGCCCGAAUGCCUGGAUGGAGCGCAGAGGUUCCUGAAGGAGGAUGGAAUCAGCAUACCCAGUGAGUACACCUCGUUCCUUGCCCCCAUCUCCUCAUCCAAGCUUUACAACGAGGUGCGUGCCAGCCGGGAAAAAGAUCGAGAUCCCGAGGCGCAGUUCGAGAUGCCCUAUGUGGUUCGACUGCACAAUUUCCACCAGCUGGAUGCCCCUCUGCCCUGUUUCAUUUUCACCCACCCGAACCGAGGUGUCUUCAACAACAACCGCUACAAGUGCCUGGAGUUUGACAUCAAGCUGAACACUGUGCUGCACGGGUUUGCUGGUUACUUUGAGACCAUCCUGUACAAGGACGUGAUGCUGAGUAUCCGCCCGGAGACGCACUCCCCGGGCAUGUACUCCUGGUUCCCCAUUCUCUUCCCCCUGAAGCAACCCAUCCCCGUAAAGGCGGGGGAAACGGUGUGCGCUCGCUUCUGGAGGUGCGCCAACCCCAAGAAAGUGUGGUACGAGUGGGCCGUGACUUCUCCGGAAUGUUCCGCAAUCCACAACCCCACUGGCAGAUCCUACACCAUUGGUCUGUGAGGCAGUGAGGUCAUUGACAUGUUUGUGUGCGUGGGGUAGUUGACAAGGCUUGGCCCUUAACUAGUGCUGCUAAACUCUUAACGGUCUUGAGGGUUUACACUGCGUGACAUGUUGACCUGCUAGAGGGUAGAUGGGAAUGUAAUGUGGGAGGGUUCGAGUGGGAUACCAUGUUACUCUUGCCCCCGUCUGGGGAUAUGUGAAGAUCCACUGUGUUAUUGACUUAUUAAACUGAUUUGACAGCAAAGA